CAUUUUUCCUAUUAAUUAAUCACCAAUAAAAUACAGAUGCGAAGCUUGUUUCUCUCUGAUUUUCCUCAGAAAAAAGAAAGAGAAAGUGAAAGAAAAUUUCUGCAACUCCAUCCAUCUAUGCAACCCACACUACCCGCUUCGAUUUCAAAUACUGGAUUAUUUUGCAUUCGAGAAUACUUCAUUAAAUUUGAUAGGAAAAAGAGAAAUCGAUCAAAAAUCUUUAUCAUAUUAUGAGGUUUGAUAAGCUUCGUUGUUCUUCUAAUCUAAGCCGCUUCAUUGCUGGCCUUCUCAUUUUCAUUCUCUAUCAUUCUUUUCAAUUAAUUUCCAAUUUCUUAAUUCCUAUACACCCUUAAUUCUGUUAAUUCUUCUCCGUUAUCACUUAUCGCGCAAUUGGAAUUGCUUUUCUUGUUUUUUCUUCUGUCCCUUUUGAGUUGAUUCGAUUUCUGUGCUUUAAAUGGAUACAAACGUCACGUCUUCUCUUCACAAUUUCCUACUCGACGGCAAUUUCGCGUCACAUGUAGAGAGGCAAAACAAUUCACAACCUUCUGUCAUUGUGAUUGGUGGUGGUAUUUCAGGGGUUGCUGCUGCACGAACUCUCUAUGAUGCAUCUUUUAAGGUGAUUUUGCUAGAAUCGCGGGAUAGACUUGGUGGUCGCAUUCAUACUGACUACUCAUUUGGUUAUCCAGUGGAUCUGGGAGCAUCGUGGCUACAUGGAGUCUGCAAUGAGAAUCCUUUGGCUCCAUUAAUACGCUCUUUGGGGCUUACACUAUACCGGACUAGUGGUGAUGACUCUGUAUUGUAUGACCAUGAUCUUGAGAGUUAUACUCUUUUUGAUAAGGAUGGACAUCAAAUUCCACAACAGCUUGUUAUAGAAGUUGGAGAAAUAUUCAAGAGAAUUCUCAAAGAGACGGAGAGGGUAAGAGAUGAACACACUCAAGACAUGUCUAUUCUCCAAGCAAUUUGGCUUGUGUUAGACAAACAUCCAGAAUUAAGGCAAGAAGGACUUGCGUAUGAAGUGCUGCAAUGGUACAUUUGUAGAAUGGAAGCUUGGUUUGCGGUAGAUGCAGACAUGAUAUCAUUGAAAACAUGGGAUCAGGAGCGUGUUCUUUCUGGUGGUCAUGGACUUAUGGUACAAGGUUAUGGCCCUGUGAUAAAGGCUCUUGCAAAAGACAUUGACAUACGUUUGAAUCACAGGGUUGCAAAAAUAUGCACUGGGCCUAAUAAGGUGAUUGUCACAGUUGAGGAUGGGAGAAACUUUAUAGCUGAUGCUGCUAUUGUUACUGUACCCCUUGGAGUUCUUAAAGCUAAUUUAAUUCAGUUUGAACCUAAGUUGCCAGAGUGGAAGGUUGCUGCAAUUUCAGAUCUUGGUGUUGGCAGUGAAAAUAAGAUUGCAUUACAAUUUGAUACGGUAUUUUGGCCAAAUGUGGAACUCUUGGGCGUUGUUGCAUCCUCUUCUUAUGCUUGUGGUUAUUUUCUCAAUCUUCACAAGGCAACUGGCCAUCCUGUACUUGUUUAUAUGGCUGCUGGAAGGUUUGCAUAUGAUCUUGAGAAGCUAUCAGAUGAGUCCGCUACAAAUUUUGUGAUGUUACAGCUGAAGAAAAUGUUUCCCAAUGCAACGGAGCCGGUUCGUUAUCUCGUAACACGGUGGGGAACAGACCCAAAUUCACUUGGUUGUUACUGUUACGAUGUGGUUGGAAAGCCGGAAGAUCUCUAUGAAAGGCUUCGUGCACCUUUGGGUAAUCUUUUCUUUGGAGGGGAAGCUGUUAGCAUGGAUCACCAGGGAUCUGUGCAUGGAGCAUACUCAGCAGGUAUUAUGGCUGCUGAGAAUUGUCAGAGGCAUGUGUUAGAGAAACUUGGUAAUUCAGAGAAACUCCAACUGGUCCCUUUAAGGUGUGAAGUUCACGAAAAUGCAUUUCCACUCCAAAUCUCUAGGAUGUAAUCUUACCAAAACUUGGUAAGAUUACUUUUUACGUCUAAACUCUUUAAAUGUUGUUGACAUUUAAGUUGGCCCUGAAAGGUUCAGUAUUUGUUGGUUUGAUUUUAGUGGGAGUUAUUUUCGUGUUAUCGUAUCAAGUUAUUCGGCCAUGUUUUCAAAAGGAGUUGGCAGGUCGGGUUUAAUACAAAUUUACUUAACAUGCGA